UUACAAUACAGAACCACAGAAACCAUUAACCAACGCAAUUGCUAGUUGCAUCGUCAAUAAUUAUUACGGAUAUAUAGGUCUUAUAACUUGUUUUGAUUUUGAAUUGCGAUUUAUUUCAUAGGUCAUUAAUAAUUCGUAUAUAUCGUAAGAAUGAAUAAAAAUUACGAACGGUGUACACAUUGCAAUAGACGUAAAUGGCUUACAACAGGUUGUCUUCGUAAAUGGUUAAAACCAAUGGAAUGUAAACAUCUACAAAGAACAAUUGAAAGCAAAAGAGAUUUAAAUGAGACUGACAUAGUUAGAUGUGUGUUUUUAUCUGAGAGAACGAGUCCAGUGAAGACUAAUAAGUUUGUAAAAUUUUGGAAGAACAAACUUUUCAUUACUGGUAGUGUUAGGUCUUUGCAGAGGUAUUUUGGAAACAAAAAUAAUGCCAACGAGUACUUGUGCAAACCUGUUGAAACCUCUUCAUCUAGUGAGCGACUUAUGUUUGCUGCUAAACCCGAAAUAAAAAGAGAUAUUGAUCUACACAAACAAAUGAUCAAAUGUCAACAUUCAGAUGACCACUCAGUUUUAAGGGGACAUCAUCAGCACAUUUCACUCGAAAGCUGUGCUAUUUAUUGCCAAUUAUCAAAGCAUGGUUGGUAUUGGGGUGGAAUCACAUCUAGUGAAGCUGAGGUGCUCCUUGCAGGCCAGCAUGAUAAUGUUUUUCUAGUAAGGGACUCUUAUGACUCACGCCACAUACUUUGUGUGUCUUUUCGAUGUGUGGGACGGACUUUACAUGCUCGUCUACGCCAUGCAGAUGGUCUCUUUUCCCUAAAUAAUGAGACAUUUGUACCAGCAAACAGAAUAUCAGAACAUUGCGCAACUGUAGAUGUUAAAUCAAAUCUAUUUGAAAUGCCAGUAAAAUUAGCUAGACCAUUAAACAGGUUUGCCAAAUUAGAUUCUCUACAAAAAAUUUGCAGAUUUGUAAUACGUCAAACUGUUUCAGAACAGUUAUGGGACAAUUUACCUUUACCACCUAAUCUUAUUACAUAUGUCUCUCUUGGUAGUGAUUAUAUUGCACCAACAUAACUUUGUAACUCAAUAGUGUGCCUUAUGUCUUAAAUAUAUAAAAUAAUUGUGUUAAAGUUUUACAACACUGGGAAUACACAAGGCAUGUUAUAUAUUUAAUCCAAGAUAUAAAAUUGAUAAAUUUAAAAGUAUAAUAUUAAUAGACACAUAUUUUGGAGAGAGCAGUAAAAAUAACAUGUGGUUGUUUUGCUUGACUAUGUUAAAUUGUAACGCCAUGUAAUUUUCUUCUUUAUAUUAUGGUGUACACAAAUAAAUGAGUUAAGUACGCAAGGUUUCCUAAAAAUAAAACAAAGAUUUUCAUCUAUAAUAAAAAUUAAUUGCAACAUUAAAUUAAUUUAUAUUUCUUUAUUAGCUUUGUAAAAUCUCAUAUAGAAAACUACCAUUUACUUUCUGUUUACCAAACUAAAGCAUAAAACCAUUAAGUUAACAACAAAAAUACUUUUAUUUAAGCAACAUAGUUUAAUAAAUUGAAAAUUAAAAUACUGUCAUUUAUCUAGUAAUUUUAUAGAGAGGCAUUAUUUGCAGUAAGUAUUCAUUCACUUAAGUGUGUUGAUGCCCAGCAUGUUUUUAGCCUGUAAAAAUAAAUCUAUGAAAAAUGUGUUCAUGUUAUGAUUGUUACAUAAUAAAAUUACAAGAUUUUAUACUAUAUUUCUUUAUCAUUAUACUGUAAUUUAAA